CUCCUCACUUCGCCUGCUGGUUUCUCCCCUUCGUCUAACAUCUGCCUUCAUGUGGCAAGUUGUCCAGGAACAGAAUGUGGAGCAGUUUGGAAAACUGGAAGAAUUUGUUUCUGUGAUGACAAACCUCGUGCCAGAACUGUUAAGCAGGAGGCAGAGAGCCACUUUGAUAGUAGGGCUGCGAGCUAAGAUGAUUCUUGAGAUGUGUCGAGGCGAGCUUCCUGCAGACAUUCACACUGUCAAAUCACACAUUCACCAAAUUCAGACUACUGAUUUAUUAAAGGUGAAUGACACAGACAUGGAGAGCUUACAAGACAGCGUACUUCAACUCGUUCUGAGUUUGCUAGAGGAUUCCAUGAAAAGAGAGUACUUCUUUCAGGAAGUAUUUCCGGUCGAGUAUGGUCCUGACUUUGAUAAAGCACUGCAAGUCCUUGUUGGCUUUUUCCUCUCCAGAUUGGAGCAACUUCUGCCUGUACCAAACUUCAAACAGCUUUCAUUGUUGCUCAGCUGUCACCCUGGGGAGCUCGAUGCAUGUGUGGACUCUGUUUGCAAAUCACACAAUUUGCUAUCCUUGCUGCAAGACAGAUGUUUGUGGGACUUUGGAAAAAAAUGCUCUUCCAUCAAUAGUUGAGGAUCGAAUAGUAUCAUCAUUGUCACUGCCGCCUGUUGGCGACUCGGUCAUUAUAAACCAGCACAAUGAUGAUGGCAAGUUACUGCCUCUUGAUUCUAAAAACCUGCCAAACCAACAACAUAGUAUGGACAAGGAGACUGGGACAGGUGAUCCAAAUGCCCAGGAUGUGGGAUCCAGCUCCAGCUGUGAAUCAUCAGAGUCUUCCAGAGACAGUGAUGGAGAAAAGGAAACAAACUCAAACGCUGAUGAAUUGCAACGGAAUAACUCAGAAGAGCCAAGCGUACCGUCAUCCACCAAUGAUGCUCAUAGAGGUGAUUUAAUUUUUCAGACUGCUGUGCCUCUCCAGCGGCCCGCUCUUGACACCUUCCCAAACUCACCCUCUAAAGGCUUCCACUAUGCAGGCAGAACCGUGCACAAAUGUCAGCAGUGCACGAAAUACUUCAUCUAUCGCUCUGAUCUUGUCAAGCACCAGGAAAUUCACACCCAGUCGGGGACGCACGAGUGUCAUCAGUGUGGGCAAGUUUUCGACGAUUUGACGCAGCUGACGGCGCACAAGAACAUCAGCUGCAAUACCAGAAUUUUCAAGUGCAUCAAAUGCACAGCCCACUUUAGAUCCCUCAGGACCCUAUACAGACACAACCGAGUGCACAAAGAGAAAACCACACACAAAUGCCCUGAAUGUGGACGGAUGUUCACAAGUCUGUCACGACUGGUCGGUCACCGGCGAGCUCACCGAACUCCUGCUGUUAAAAGGAACUACACCUGUAAACAAUGCAACGAGACUUUCGGCUCGUACCGAGCCAGUUUAAUCCACCAGAAGACUCAUAAAGUUAAAGACGCUCCCCCGUCGAAACCGGAACGCCAGCCAGGAAAGUGUCGUUUUUGUGAUUUGACGUUCAGCGUCGACAGCGAAUUAAGAAGCCAUCUGAAGACGCACGCAGAGUUUAGGCCGUAUAUAUGCGACCAGUGCGGGAAGUGCUUUUCGGCAAACAGCAGCCUGCUCGCCCACCUCUCAAAUCACACGGGCGAAAAACCUCUCCUAUGUUCGCAAUGCGGAAAGCGGUUUUACAGCAAAAUCCAAUUAAAAUCCCACAUGAGAUGUCAUUCUGGCGAGCGGCCGCACGUCUGUCCGUACUGCGAGAAGCAGUUUUCACUGUCUGGGAAUUUGAAAAUCCACAUCAGGAUUCACACUGGGGAGAAGCCGUACGUUUGCCAUCAGUGCGGAAAGGGUUUCGUCUCCGCCGGAUGCCUGCAGGUGCAUCUGCGUUCUCACACGGGAGAAAAGCCGUAUCAGUGUAAAAUCUGCAGCAAGAAAUUCGUGGUUUCGAGUCACCUGACGGCGCACAUGUGCUUUCACACCGGAGAGCGUCCACACUGCUGCUUACAGUGCGGGAAACGAUUCAUCCGCCGCUAUGACUUGAGCAAGCACAUGUACACUCAUAUUGGGAAGAGGCCGUUCCCGUGUCCUCUGUGCCCAAAGGCUUACACGUGUCGUACGCACUUGAACAGGCACAUGAAGAGCCACAGUGUUUGACUUGAAUCACGUUGUCAUCCCGAGUGCCUUGUGUGGAGUGAAAACAUAGUUCAAUCAAAAAAUUCAAUCCUGUCAUUAUUUACUCGCCCUCAUGACCAAUGUCCAUGUCCAAACCCGUUUACUGUUGUGGUUUUUCUGUGGAACACAAAAAGAAACUUUUCCAUUUGAAAGCUCAUAGUUGACCACAUCUUUCAAGCUCUAAAAAUGACAAAUGUCAUCAUUAUAGUCCAUACAGCUUAUGCGUUAUAUUCCAAAUCUUGUCAAGUCAUAUUAUUCCUUUCUGUGAGUAAUGAAUUAAAAUUCAAGUUGUUUAUUCAAUGAUAAUAUUCCCUGUCUUCUGAGCUGUUAACUGUGGCCGGAUCAUUGAGUUAUUGAGUUGAGAACUAGAGCAGUUUGAUUUGUUAACCAAAUCUGAUUGAUUAAAAAUAAUUGUCUCCGAAGAAACAAAAAUGAACAGCGUACUGAAUGCGAGUACUACUGCUGAAUGACAACUUAAAGGGUUAGUUUACACAAAAAUGAAAAUUCUGUCACUAAAUACUCGUCCUCAUGUAAUUUCACACCCCUUUGUUCAUCUUCAGAACACAAAUUAAGAUCUUUUUGAUAAAAUCCAAUGGCUCAGUGAGGCCUCCAUUGACAGCAAGACAAUUAACACUUUCAG